GUGCAACUUGAGACUGAGAAACAAAAUUGACCACCCUCGGCAUCCGUACUUGUGGCUCGAGAACCUCCUUUUUGACUUAUUCUCUCUGGUUUUGGCUUGCACAAUCCAAUAAGCCACAACAAGAAGUUCCCAACAAGGCAAGGAGAUCCUGAAGCUUACUGUCUUUUUUGGUCAUGGCAAGCAGAUAAAAGUGUCAUAAGCCGGAUUUUAGUUAUCGUCAUCGACAUCGAGGCCAUGGACACCAUUCUGCCUGCCGCAGCCGCUCUCUGUCUCGCUGCUGUCGCCAAAGACAUCCUUCGACCUCUUGCCGUCGCCGCCAUCGCCGGUGGCACCUACGUCCUGGCGAAGCAUCUCAUGUGCUCACGUAAACGCCUCCGUCUCGCCCCUGGCCCCAUCCGCUGGCCCCUUGUCGGCAAUGUGCUUCAGAUCCCCCAGCUCAAUCCUUGGCUGACCUAUUCCAAGUGGGCGGACACAUACGGCGAUAUUAUUCAUCUAGACGUCCUUGGCCGGCCCGUCAUCAUCAUCAACUCUGCCGAGGUAGCCAGAGAUCUCCUCGACAAGCGAUCCUCCGUUUAUUCGGACAGGCCUCAUCUCGUCAUGGCAUGCGAUCUGGUCGGCUACAGCGAGACUUUCGCCCUCAAGCCCUAUGGCGAGGAAUUCCGCAGGCAGCGCAAACUCGUCAGGCAGGAUUUUGCCCAAGGGACCGUUCUGUGCUACUAUCACCUCCAGGAGACCGAGGCGCACAAGCUUGUUCAAGCCGUGCUCCAGGACCCAAGCUCGCUUGCUGGCCAGGUGAAGAUGAGGAUCUCGGCGAUCAUCAUGGAGGCCAGCUAUGGCUAUACCGUCAAGUCCGAGGACGACCCGUAUAUAACCAUUCCGUUCACUUCCAUGGCCAACUUCAGCAAGGCGUGCGCCGUAGGCACGUGGCUCGUGGACUUCAUCCCGCAACUCCAGUACCUGCCCCAUUGGAUGCCAGGGGCAGGGUUUCUCCGCACUGCCCGAGAGUGGCGCGAGACCCACAUGAACGCGAGUUGGAAUCCAUACCGUUGGUGCAAGCAGAACAUUUCCAGUGGCAUUGCACACACUCCCAGUCUUUGUGCAACAUCACUCUUGCAAGCGGAUGGUGGGCUGUCUCAGGAGAACGAACAUACUCUCGUCUGGGCAGCAGCGAGUGUUCUGGGAGGAGGGCUCGACACCAACAUGUCCACGAUUCUGACUUUCUUCCUCGCCAUGCUCCACUACCCGGACGUUCAGGCAAAAGCACAAGCAGAAAUUGACGCAGUGGUUGGGACGGAUCGUCUGCCGUCAAUCACUGACAGGGCGUCGCUCCCGUACGUUCGCAGCCUGGUUACGGAAGUGUACCGGUGGAAUCCUGCUGUGCCCCUCUGCCUUCCUCAUGCACUGAGCGAAGCGGACGUGUACAAUGGUAUUCACCUUCCCAAGGGUUCUGUCGUGAUGCCAAACGUUUGGCAUAUGCUGCACGAUCCGACGACAUACGCCGACCCGAUGGACUUCAAGCCUGAGCGGUACGGCAACUCGGACGCCGAGAUGCAGAAGGUUACCGACCUGGCAUUCGGGUUCGGACGGCGGGCAUGCCCAGGGUUCUACUUUGCUCAGGGCACCAUAUUCGCGGUGAUCGCCACCGUGCUCGCCACCUGCGACGUCGUGCCAGCUGUCGAUGAACAUGGUGCGCCGGUCAUUCCUGAGGUUGCUUAUACGUCUGGAACGAUAGUGUUUCCUGAGCCAUUCAGGUGCAAUGUCAAGAGUCGGACGGAGCGUGCGCGGGCGUUGCUGGCCCAGAGUAUCCCUCCUUCUGAAUGAGAUGUCUCAGGCGGAAAGAUGCUGCUCUAUGUUCUUCUGGGCUUGUAUGAACACAUGUCUGGUGUAUUGGCUGAUGUCUUCCUGCGUGACGAUACUCUGAUU